CCGAACACCUCGUGAUUCGAUAGUACCAGGGAGUGUCAUGGAAUGGACAGGGUACCAGGAGGUUUCUGUACUACAUUUUUUAUACGAAGCGCCGGCUAAUAUAGAUCUGAAAGUAAUUUAG